AAAACUGCAUAAUUGAUGAAGGGCCGGCGCAACGCUGGGUGCGCUGGGAGCGUCUCGGGGGGUGGAGGCCAGGGCGGUCGGGCCCCUCCCACUCCGCUUUUUCUCGCGUGUCCUGUCCCCGGCACUGGCAGUGGGCGCCCGGUAACCAGCAAGUGUGCGCGCAGGGACCAACGGAGACGGAUCGCAGCAAGCCUAGGGCUCAACAGCGACCUCCAGGACCGACCCGCCCGCGCCAUGCGCUCGCUCACUGGCCUGAGGGCGCUUGUGGCGCCGGGCUGUCCGCUCCUGCUUCUGUGCCUUCUGGCGGCGACGCGCCUGGAUCGGGCAGAAGGCGAUCCCGCAGAUUCAUCUUUUACAAGUCUACCUGUUCGAGAAGAAAUGAUGGCAAAAUACUCAAACCUUUCCUUGGAGAGCCAUAAUAUAUCAUGGACAGAACAGUCCAGCGCCCCAGUAGAAAAAAACAUUACUUUGGAAAGGCCUUCUGACCUGGAACUCAUAUGCCAGUUCACGACAUCUGGGGAUUUGAAUUCAGUGAAUGUGACUUGGAAAAAAGAUGAUGUAUUUCUUGAGAAUUUUGAUGUUUUCAACACAACUAAAGUGGGAAACACCUUGUACAGUCAGUACAGGUUCAUCAUUUUUAAUAGCAAACAAAUGGGAAAUUAUUCUUGUUUCUUGAAUGGAGAAGAGGAGCUCAGAGGAACAUUUAAUAUCAGAGUACCCAGUGUUCAUGGAAAAAACAAGCCAUUGAUCACUUAUGUGGGGGAUUCUACUGUCCUGAAGUGUGAAUGUCAAGAUGGUCUUCCUUUAAACUGGACUUGGUACAUGAGUAAUGGAAGUGUACAGGUUCCUAUUGAUGUUUACAAGAAUGAUAAGUAUGUUAUAAAUGGAUCCUAUGCUAAUGAAACACGACUCAAGGUAAAGCAUCUCUUGGAGGAAGAUGGAGGCUCCUACUGGUGCCGGGCAGUCUUCCAGUUAGGUGAGAGUGAAGAACACAUUGAGCUGGUGGUACUCAGCUUCAUGGUGCCCCUCAAGCCGUUUCUCGCCAUCAUUGCGGAAGUUAUUCUCUUAGUGGCUAUCAUUCUGCUUUGUGAAGUGUACACACAGAAAAAAAAGAAUGACCCAGAUGAUGGGAAAGAAUUUGAACAAAUUGAACAGCUGAAAUCGGAUGAUAGCAAUGGUAUAGAAAACAAUGCCCCCAGGCUCAGAAAAAAUGAGUCUGUGGAACAGUGAAUAAAACAGAACGUUUCGCCUUGAGAGAAGAUGUGCAGAGAGUUUGUAUUUCUGCUUCCUUUCAAGACUGUGUGAAUUCUAGAUUUCUAAAAGACAAAAAAUUUCCUGCACACACACAACACAUGGUUGCUUUUUAACCCAUAUAGGCCCUCUCCUACCUAAAGAUGUAUUUUCAUUUUGUAAUUGCUUUUCAUUAAAGCGAGGUAAAUUGUUUCAGAUGUGUUCUGUGAGCUGUAACCUAGAUAAUAAAUUUUAUCCAGGUCCAGGAGAUAAGGGACACAGAACAGACAUCAGCAAAAUCAGUUAAUAAUCCACAAAUAAAUAUCACUAAAGACCUCUUUAUUACCAAAGAAUUUAUGAAAGAGAAAGCUUUUUACCAGUUGUCUUAAAAGUGUUCCCCCAAUCAUUCAUAACUACCUAUAGAAGUAUUGAUAACAGUUUUCAUGUGAAGUGUAUCCUUCUGUGGUAUUGAAAGUGUUUUCUCUAGGAAAUAGAAACUAUACUUUCCAUAAUGGUGGCUACUCUGCAGUCUCCACGCUAAGAUAUACUUUUGCUCCAUAAGUAAUGGUGUAAAAUGAGGGAGUAUACAUCAUAUGCUUCCCCACAGUCAGUAUCAACACCGGAGCUUCACAUCUCAUCACACUCAUUACCGCCUUUUUAUACUUAACGCCUAAAUGCUUCUUGGUUUUAAGUAGGACAUUUUCCUUGUUCUUUGCCGUCGGGUUUGGACCUCAUCAGCCCCGCUGGUGUUCAUGUUUCAGAGUGCAGUUCUAUGUGGUCACUGUAUGACACCCACUACCCAUGCCUUUGUGGCUCAUGGCUUCUGGGUACCUUUAUUUGCUAUCUGGUUUCUAGUAUCAUAGCUGGCUAAAGAUAAAAGUAGUGCCUUGGGUAGUAGAUUAGGUGUCCCUGGUUGCUGCAGGGGUUUUUGUGACACACUGCUUCCAGAAAACAGGAUUAAGAACAAUGAGAAACAAAGAGCGGCCGACUUGGGAUGGCAGUAAAAGAAAUCUAUGGUUCUUGGGGAUUGAGGGAUUAGAGGUUGGGUAGAAAGAAUCCACUGAUUUAACAAUGGAAACUAGAAGCGUAUGCCUUGUGCACUAGCUAAGGAAGGACAAGAUUCUGAUAGGGAAAAUUCUGUUUGACUCAUGUUUACCACUAUUACUGGCUAGAAUAAUACAUAAAAAGCCAUGGCAGCUGCUUUCUGUUCUGUUGAUGCAACAAAACUCAGUAUUGUCUAAUAAUACAUGUUAAAUCCACAUGUAGAUUACAUUGAACUAGAGCGCACCUCUUGGUAGUAGAUGUCCUAUUUUUUUCCUUAGCCUCAUUUAGCCACACAUUUGUUUUGCUUCUAAUUCGUGCUUAAUUUGACAGGAUCAUCUUGAUGAGCUCAUGGCAGCCAGUAUAAUUAGUCUAAACAUUUUGAAUUCAGAGAGCAAGUCCCACUCAAAACAGUGUGACUGUGAUUGGCUACAUACAAAAGCCCAACGAGUAACUUUGCUUGCAGGAUUCAUCCAUUUGCUUUGCUGCCACUGGCUAUUUAUGUUGAAAUAGUUUUCAAGGAAAAAAAAAUGCUACCCAAAGGUAAAAUAAUCUGAAAUACUUAUAUAAUGCAUUGAAAUGUUGAUGGGCAAUGUGUGCUAUUUAUUUUUCUAACGAAGAUAGGUUAUCUCAGUAAUUUUAAGUAGAAAAGAUUCUCAAAUAUUUAAGCUGAUUUUUGGCCUUUCAGGGUCUCUCUGGAGUACUUUUGGAAAAUUAUUCUAUGCCUAGUAGAUUAAAAUGGAACGCUUCUAUUAACUAGCCUCAUGGAGAUGAUGAAUGGAUUGUCUAAGGACCAAUUGUAAAUUAGCUGCAAAAAACAAAAAAACAAAGGCUGAAGCAGUAAAACUACACUGACUUUAUACAGUAGACACCUGGGAAAUUCUAUUAAUCUUUCCAGUCGAUGAGUAUUCAACAUAAUAAUUAGAUUUAAUGAUGCCAUAACAUUUCCAGAUAAUCUUAAAUUCAGUUUACAUUAAAAUGUAAGUUUCCUUUAGUCUUUUUUUUUUUUUUUUAACCCCCCUAGCUAGCUAGUCCUUCAUUCUCAAACCUUAAACUGUUUGUGAUCUUUUCUUCUUUACUUUAUUGGCUAGGAAUCCAAUCCCUCCCCGUUCCUUCGACUUUCUCCAUCUGUCAUCAAUCCUCUUGGUACCUCUCCCAUGCGAGAUCAUGGUUUAGGUUUCUCUACCUUGGCCUCCUAAUCCAUCUCCCCACUUUUCAUGGUGCUUCUCAGCCUUUCCUCUUAAACACAAAGAUCUCAAAACCUCAUGCAGUCCCUCCUCACCGUUUCUUAGUACAGCACGUCACCUAGUCAGUAAUCUCCUCCAGUGUCUUGGAUUAGCCCAGAAUGUGUCUUUGAUGCUGCCCCUGUCCCACUAACCCAAGAUUAGCCUUCAGUAUGUUAAGGUGCAGGGGAAACUCUCAUAUCAAUGGGGUAGGGACCAUCUCUUGUGCUGACAACUCCAUGUUUCUUUGUGGUUGGUCUUCUUUCCGGAUCCUGACCUUUAGUUCUGUACCCUGUAUUUAGUACAGGGAGAACGUUAUAGGUGGUGUAAAAUGUGUAUACCUAUUUUUAGAGAAAAACUAAUAUUAAUUAUGACAAUUAGAAUUGCAAAAGAAAAUUUUAUAGGAAAACAGCUUUAUAAAUCCUUCAACUGUUGUACAGGGUACAUUUACCCCUGUUCUGAUGGGUUUUAAUUCCUAUCGCCCUUAAAAUCCCAUGGUUAGUAUGCACAAAAAACUAAGUUUUACCUUUUAUUUAAUAAGGUACACAUUGGCUCUAAACAUGCAGGAUUUUGGUGGUUAUAGUCCCUCGUAUGACACCGUUGAGAGAGCUGGCACUUAGACUCACUCCACUAACAUAUCCAUUCUACUUCCCCACAUUAUACAUCUUUGAACAUCUCAGGAGUCACUCCAGAAUUUAAUAUCACAGCAGCAUGUUACAAGAAGAUUUAUUAUUACAUGUUGAACAUCGAAAGCGUACUUUUCAUUGAAUCAACCUGCUUAUAGUAUGCGGUGAGAAAAAUAUUUACAGAACAGGUGAAAGCAGAAGACAGACUGGAUUACUUUGGAAUUUUAAGUUCCAAAUGCUUAUGUACUUUCUACUCUAACAACAGUUUAUCACCCUUGAGUUUAUCCUAGUCUGUCAUAGAGAGAAAGACAGCUUAACUGUGUGUCCCAUCUCUAUUUGCUCUCAAUCUAGACAGUGACAUGUUCUGUUUACCAGUCAAAUUCCCCAUUAAAGAUGCAUCUUAAUUGUUUAAUACUAGCAACUGACAUUUGACACAUGCUAGGCACUCACUUUCACACAUGCUUUGAAGUGUUCUGUCUAAUCUGUCUCAGUCCAUCUCAUGUCAUAAAAAGAGUCCUUUGUUUUUGUUUUUGUUUCUAAUCAAUGCAGAAACUCAAGCUCAGAGACCUUAAGAAAACCACACAAACCCCCUGAAGUACAUGAUCAGAACUGAAAUCCAGAUUUAGGCUAGGCUGACUUGACCUACUUUGUUCAACAGCUCUGAAUGGCUAGUUGUAUACAUCCUAGAAAACGAGCCUGUUAUCUUAUUGUUAAUUUCACUCUUUUAGGUGGUCACUCAUAGCACAAGAGCCAUAAUCUUUCUGUCGUUGGGGCCCAUGCUUUGUGGUUCCUGUGUACGCACGCUGGUGCUGGGGGUCAACACAUAUUUAAGACUUUUCUUUUUUCUGGUUGUAUUUGUCAGUAGUGAACAUGACCCUAAAAUUUAUCACCCAGGCACUGAACAUGAAAAAGAUGCUAUGUAUAACUUCACGGAGACACGUGGAAAGCAGGCCCUCCUCUGGUCUCACAUGUAGCCCGUGGGGAGGAAGUGGUUGCUCUGUGGGUGUCCUGUCUGUCACAGAUGUUAGCCGCAAGCUGAAAUGAUUGACAGAAAUUAACUUUCAAGAAAAUAGCCAAUUUUAGCUAAUGCAGGGAAAUCGCCAUUUUCAGUAAAUGUCAGGUGAGUGCCACUGCAGAGAAGUGCCUAUAAUCGCAUCAUUUACUCAGCUUAAAGUUUUAUUACUUUGAGUAGCUUAGUGUGACUGGUCUGUUGGCAUUCAGAAGUUGGACUCACGGGUUGUAAGAGAAGUUGGCGAAGAACAUCUUGCUUUUGUUGCUGUGUGGAUGAACUGGCCAGCUUCUUGGAUUUGGACACCUCCUGGUUCAUGUGCUGUAGUAGUUCAUGUUUAUGUGAAUCCAGUGAGUCAAGAAUGGAAGAGUCUCCCCUUAUUACCAAUUCGCCUGUGAAAUGAUUGAAAAUCACACAUGAUUGGAAUGGACAGAAGCACUUUUAGUCCCACGAAUGGCUUAUAGGCUGCAUUUCUUAUUCCUUUGCACAUCAGUGGGAACAUGUUAGGGAAACCUGUUUAGGGUAUUGGUUAAAAAUACUGUUUUUGUCUAUUGUGUUUUAUGUUUUACAGCAUUUUUUUAAAUUAUGUGGUUCUCAUUUCAGAAAACUAUUACAAAUUAUUUUUCUAAAGUUUAUUGGAUAAUCAUGAAAAUAAUAGAUUUAUUACAUAUAUAAUUUGCUGUAAUGCUACUUAAUGUUGCAAAAAGAAUAGCUACUUAUAUUUUAUACCUUUUAAAAUAGAUAUUUGACCAUGAAUGUGUAGUUUUGCUUAAAUCAAGGACCAUUGAUUAUAUUUUUUUAAUAGUUGUGUUUCUUUUACAUGUGUGUUUAGAUUCUCAUUACCGACUUUCUGUAUUGUGUAACACCAAAAAUGUCAAUACAGGAACAUUGUAAAAAUUUCUGUGUUGCAUAUACAUUUAAUAUACAAUUAAGCUCAAUAAAAUGUACUCUGUGGAUUAAAACUAA